UAGCACAAUAAUUAUAGCAAUAAUAAUAUAACGUUUAACGUGUGGAAUCAAAAAUUUUAAGGUUAAGUUAAUAAGAAGAACAAUAACAGAAUAACGACAAUAUGCAUCCGAGCUAUCAGAGUGCACAGCAACAAGAUGCAACAAUGCAGCAACUGCGGGAACUGCAACGACAACAGCAACAGCAAGAUCAACGUCGAAUGCGGCAAUAUAUGCAGCAACAACAACAACAACCACAAGAGCCACAAAUUGUUUUCGCGCGUGGGGCCAGACCGCCUGGCGAACAGGACCAGAAUCGAAUUGUGGUAAUCAUCCCUGACGAAGUGUUCCAAGCAUUUGUGCGCAAAGUUUACGUUAUUGCCACUAUGUUAAUUCUGAUCACGUGCGCCACCUGGCUGACCAUUGCGUUUCUCAAAUUCAACGUAGUCAAUGAGACGAAGGUGCCUUUUUAUGUGUGGUUCAUAUUGACGGUCGUUACGGUCAUUAUAUUCAACUGGUGUCCGAGAGUGCGCUAUAUCUUUCCCCUAAACUGGAUCAUGGUUGUGUGCAUCGCAAUAUUUUUAAUUCUAGGCGGCAGCUGUUUUAUGUACGCAUUCGACCCACUUAAUUUUCUUUGUGGAAUAGCAAUUGCACUGGCUGUGAUCGUUGUAUUGCACAUCUGUGGCGCCCUGUGCCCACUGACAGUUCUGCCGGGCGGCCUACUAACUGGAUGUCUAUUGAUCCUAAUUAUGAUAGUGCUCCUCGUGUUUCUGUUUCUCAUGUUUUUCCUUAGCGACCCGGUCUACGGCUUGGUUUUCUAUAGCCUGCUAUUUUGUCUGCUGGUCAUAGUAAUACCCUUUCAUGCACAGUAUAUACACGGUCGCCUACAGAUUGUGCCACUGUUUGAUAUGGCGUCAUGCGUCCUCACCGUUUUCUUAGAUUUUGUGAUGGUCCUCCUGUGCAUAUCAUAUUUUUACUUCUACCACAUAUAUUUAGGAACAGGUGACAAGCCCUUGCGAUCAGACAGGUAAAUUAUAUUUAUCCAAAUUUCUGCAAGCAUUUUGGAGCUAUUUCAACUAAAACACUCAAGACAUCGAAAAUUUCAGUCAGCAUUUAGCAUUUAGUUCAUUUAGUCAAAAUUUUGAGAAGUUAGAUUAUU